CGGUGAGACGCGGGGACACGGACAGACUCCGAUACACAGACGGCAGACGGGGAGACACGCGGGCUGACAUGAAUGCAACUGAAGUAGGAGCAGCAGCAAGCCUGCAGAUGGACGCAGACGACGUGUUGACCAAGGAAGGGCAAAUGCUGCUGCUGCUCGUCCCCAGGCAGCAGUGCGAGAGCAUCAUCCACAGCUUCAACCACACGCCAGGCUCGUUGUGCCCUCCGGAGUGGGAUGCCAUCUUCUGCUGGCCUCCGACGCUGCCUGGACAGUGGGUGAACGUCUCGUGUCCCCAUUACAUCUAUGACUUCAACCACAAUGGGCAGGCGUACAGACGGUGCGACGAUGGUGGACAAUGGUUGGUGGCGCCCAACCAAAACAAAACGUGGACCAACUACAAUGAGUGCAUGCAGAUGGGCAGCCACGAUGACAACUUGGAGGAGAUCCACCGCCUGUACACGCUCUCCACCAUCGGCUACUCCGUGUCCAUGGCCUCGCUCUUCGUCGCACUCUCCAUCCUCGCCUACCUCAAGAAGCUGCACUGCACACGCAACUACAUCCACAUGCACCUGUUCGUGUCCUUCAUCCUGCGAGGGGCAAGCUUCUUCGUGUGCAACAUCAUGAUCGAGGCGGCGAUGCCCAGGGCGGGGGCUGUCGUGGGCUCCUGGGCCGAGGGCGGCGACGCCGACGCGAUCCUGCUGGAGGAGCUACGGACCUUCACGGCCGUGCCGACGCUCGACAAGUCCCCCUACCUGGGCUGUAAGUUGUCCGUCAUCUUCUUCCUCUACUUCCUGGCCACCAACUACUACUGGGUGUUCGCCGAGGGCCUCUACCUGCACAGCCUGGUCUUCAUGAGCUUCUUCUCCAACCGCACCAAACACCUGUGGACCUACAUCUUCAUCGGCUGGGGGUUCCCGACGCUGUUCGUCGGCGCCUGGGCCGUCGUGCGUGCCGUGCUCGCCGACACCAGAUGCUGGAACAUCAACGCCGGCAACAUUAAGUGGAUCUACCAGGCACCCAUGAUCAUUGCAAACACAGUGAAUUUCGCUUUCUUUGUCAACAUCGUUCGUGUCCUGGCGACGAAACUACGGGAGACGAACGCCGGCCGCUACGAUGCUCGUCGGCAGUACACGAAACUGGCCAAGUCGUCGCUCGUGCUGACGCUGCUGUUCGGAGCGCACUACAUGGUGUUUGCCGGCAUGUCGGAAUCCGUGGACGGGUGGCUCUGGAAGGCGCGCAUGUACUUCGAUAUGUUCUUCAACUCGCUCCAGGGCUUAUUCGUGGCCAUCAUCUACUGCUUCUGCAAUGGGGAGGUCCAGAAUGAAAUCCGCAAGGCGUGGGCUCAGUGGAACCUGGCUCAGGACCUGGACAGGAGGAGCCGCAGGGGCUCGGGCCUGCUGGGCACGGGCGGAGGCCACAGGGCUGGGGCGUCGCGCCGGCGCCGGCCCUCAUGGCCCUCCUCUGCGGGCGCUGGCGGCACGUCGCAACAGCAGCCCUCGACCCACGUGUGCAGCGAGGAGGGGGCCGCCACGGAGGACGCUGGGAAGGCGGCGGUGGCCGCCCCCGUUACCGUCGCCUUCUUUUCCAAGGACCCACAGCACCAUCGCGGCCACCAGUGGCGAUCCAAACACUCGCACGAGUCGGUCAUUUGAGGCAGGAUGAGGCCGGGGAUCAAGGUAUUUGUGUGUGUGUGUGCAUCAGUGGCGUAGCUAUCAAGUGUGCAGGAGGUGCAACUGAACUGUGGCCCUCUGACUGCUGGGGCCCAGGUGCCAGAUUACUAAAAUUUAGGAAAUGGACAAGGGGCCCCAUAUCUUGCCUUGAAUCUGCACCUAUUCCAACCAUGUCAUGCCACUGCUGUGUGUGUAUAUGUGUAAGUUGAGUUAUGUUAUAGCUAACACAUGUCCUGUGAACUGUCAGCAAGUUUUCGAUGCUUCAUGUGACCACAGAGUGCACCUAGUCUGGCACAAGUACUUAAGUGACAUCACCAUCACCACUUAGUGGUGAAUGGCAACUGUUGUUAUAGUACGUUGGUAUUUGCAUAUAUGUUUGUGUUUUACUAUUGACAAAAGUGCUUUUUGGGAGGGAAAGAGAAACCACACACAACGUUUUUCAGCAUCGACUUCUCUGCAUCCGAUCUUGCUCAGAGACCAGGGUUGGUGGACCAUGUGAUGAUGAGCACAUGUUGGUGAUCCGAGAAGCCUGAUGGAACCAUAGAGAGUUUUCACUGCGCAGCUGUUGAGAGAACCAAUGAGAUGAACCGCUAUUGAGGAAGAGAAUCUCUGAGUGAAACGACGACUUACAACUCUCAGAUCGUUUUUCUGCAGCGGCCCGUCGAAGUGUUUCCGCUGUGGACGUCGUCACACCAAGUCGCCACAUACUCGAGUGGGAUUUCCAACAACGGUGGAUCUGACAUUGAAGUAAAACUCAUGGGAUCUCUGCUGAAAACACACAACCUAGGUGAAUAAUUUAUGGUGCAUUUUUUAAAUAAACACUCUCAACGUUAUUUAUUUGGAAUUAACAUUUAUUUUUAUAAUUUGAAAAAUGUGUCAAACAAUGUUUAAUGUUCCACCGAUACCAUUUAAAAUUAUACCUGACUGCAUUGUAACAUGGUAUGUAAUGUGUAUUAGCUCCUGUUAAGCUCGCGCGUUAUUUAUUUUAGCGUUUUGUCGCGCCGCGGUGAUGUGUGGGACAAUGGCAGCUCCGCGCUUCCUGGGGCGCUGCGAGCCCUCUCCCGCCUCGCUAGCUGGCCGCUUCUCUCCCUGUCGCCUUUCAUCACCGUCCCACAAAGAUUCCCGACUGCGAGCGGACAGAGAACGUCCAUUUAUUAAACUGCCUAUUUCAUCCGUAAUAAAUGUUUUUUUGGGUUAGAUCGUGUAAAUAUAAAUGUGUCGUUAAACCCGCCACCACCCGACACAGCCAAUGAGUAAUGUUUGUCACGUCAACAAAACGUGCCAAUUCGUGACGAGCUCAGCGCACCGGUGUGUUGGAGCGUAAACUCACACCAUUUACAAUUCGAUUAUGACAUUUGGCUGGUGAUUACAACCAGCUUCAUCAGGCAAUAGCCAGAAUUGUGAAGACAGUCCUAUUUAUAUCUACGCAAUUUAACCCGAAAAAAGCCUUUGUUAUGAAUAAUAUUGGUCGCGAAAGCCUACGUGUCAAACUGCCUAUGUCAUCAUCAGCAUCGUGAUGAUCAGCAGUGAUCUACCAACUGCUGGAUGAAGUCAUUUACCAAGCCGUCGUCGUCUUUCACGAAUCUGAGAUUUACCAAUCCGGCGAGCACCUGCGGCGAAAGCCGAUUUCAUCACUCCAUCUCCUUGGAGGAUGUCCUCUCCGGCCCCUUCCCUCAUCUGGCUGCUACUUCAUAGUCGGUCUCGACCACUGGCACGCAUCCCAUCUCUGGAUGUGCCCUACACAAGUGUAUUUUUCUGAAAAGUCAAUAUGUUAUCCAGUGCGUGUGUUCCUCUCACUGUGUAUGUCACUCCAAGCAUGCACCUCUGUGCUUUUUUGCACACUUUUCAGCCCCCCGCCCCACGCCAUCCUAAGAACUUUCUUCUUUAGGCGCAUUGGCACGCUAAGUUUUUAUAUGAAGCUCACUUUUACAAAAGCAUUGCAACCUGCUCUCGUUCGUCUCGUUAUGUCUUGAUUUCGAUUUGCUGACAUUCUCUGCUCGCCACAGAUUUUGCUGUAUGUUGAACUUGUUUCACUCCGUACGUAGCCAAACCGUGCUAUUUUCCAGUUGUGUGCCUCUGACAUGUCCACUAGUUAAGUGAACUUGUCGUUGUUGUACGUGACGUUGCUAUUGCUCAUGUUUAUUCUGGGUACAAUUUAGCAGCCGCCUUUGUUAAUUAAUUAUUUAAUUCCCUGUAGUUCAUUUCCAUUAGUUGUUGUAAGGACUGUUAGUAGCAAAUCUGAACAGGGUAAAGCAUGUUUUUUUUCCAUCUAAUUAAAUGCCUUUAUUUCUCCAAUGCAGACUUUCAGAAACGUCUAACGUUGCUGUGAAUUAAAUUUAUAAAUUGUUUUAAUAUAUUGAAAACGUUCUUAAUAUAUGCCUUGCUUUAUGAGUGGUUGAAUGACAAUUGCAUAAAUUUCCACUGCCUUUUAAUCGUGAGUCCUGGCCAGGCACCGUAAUGUUUGAUCUUGAGUGGUCUUUUCCACAAUCUACUUGUAAGUACGUAGGCGCUCGACGGUAGAAAAAUAUUUUCAAACCCAACUUGCUUACGUGAUUGGUCGGUGUGUACACGCUCUUUUAUUGUGAUCUGAAUGGUCUUAACGAACAAUGUCUGUACAUGUGAUAAGUUAUUUAUAUGUAUGCCUAUUUAUGUAUUUACGUGAUUGUGAUGGUUGGUCUUGCUUAUCGCUUCCAAUAUGGGAGACUUUGAGGAGGCAGUCGCAGUCGGGACUAAGCCCAGUCUUUCGAGAUGUUUAUUUCUCCCUCGGCCCUCUCACCA